UUGCUAUAGUAAUAUGAAACAAUAAACUGUGAAACGUGAAGUUAGUUAGCUAGCUUUCUUGCUGCCUCGAAUAUAUAACGAAGUCAAAAACCGAUUAGUAAACACCAAUAUUGCCUUUGUACUAACGACGACAUAAGACCACCAAAAAUGUCCACCACCAGAGCAAAACCGAAGAAACCCACUCUGAAAGUUACACCAUCUUCCCGGGUAUUGAAUGUCUCAACAUCAGGCGUACUCCGGGUCAACCACAGCUCAACAUAUGCUCGGAGUAUCAAUGCCUCAGUGAGCCGGAAAAGUUUCAGUUUGGCUGCUGACAGUAAAAUCUUGGAUAAAAGCUCUGUUCAAACACCAAAACACACAGUUCAGGUCUUUGAUGAAAAUGGCAAGGACGUCACCCCACAGCCUCUCUACCAGCCGGACCCUGCAGCAGUGAUGUCGAAACACAGUAAGAUCUUUGCCAGUGACACCUCUGGUGGCACCAUGUCAGACUUCUACUCUACGGCAUACCAGACAACAACCAACGCUAGCUUCGCUGGGCCCUUUACCAGGUCAGUGUUUGGAAGCAGCACAGUGUCCAGAGGGAGCCAGUCCACGAUGGAGUCGAUGAAUGAAGAGAUUGAGGACCCAUCCUCCAAAAGGGACAUCUCCAUCAGUCUCUCAGAUGUCCAGGUGAGGAGGGAAGAGGUGAAAGAGUUGAUAAAGGAGGAGAUGUUGGACGACGUGGUGGAUCGGUACCUCAUCGAGUCAGAGACCCUCUGGCUACUGCACAUGCCAGCCGUCUCUGUGUCUGUGGACUCUGAGGAAGCUGUAUCUGUCAAAGAGAGAAACAAUCUGUACAUGGAGCUGUGUAAGAACAGAAUGGGGAAUGAUAAGUACGUGGAGCGAUCCAUGCAAACGUUCAACGGAGCACCCAAGACCAAGGAGGUCCAGAGUGAGGCCAUCACCAUGGUGGAUGCAGCCACCACAGCCACCACCUGGGAUAUGUAUGACUCAUUCCGCAGCGCAGGGCUGGGGGAGGCUGCCCUGUCUCCAGACACAGACAAGGCCAGCGUCCCUGAGAUUGUCUCCAAUCACAGACUGGACCCCACCAGAGCCCCCGAGAGAACCAUGUCUGUCAUCAGCACCACUAGCAUAGCGAGUGCCUCUAGCUCACGGAUCGAGAUGGAGCCUUUCGUGGUUCCGUCUGAAGAUGAACCGGACCCGGAACUGGUUCUGCAGUCAGAGAAGUUCCAGCAGGAUCUGUUCGUGAUGGAAAGGAUCAUUCUGGAGAACAUCUACCAGCCGAAGCUGGCUGCAUACAGACAGCUCCCCACAUUGGAAGAUCCUGACAGUGUGCCCAAGGUUGUGCCCACGGUGGUGAGCAGGAGAGAGGAGAGUUCCCUGGAUGAGGAGAGCACUCUGACCCCUGCCCUGGAGCGCCUCUGGUCCUUCAGCUGUGAGCUGACUUCAGGACACAACGUCAGCAGUAUGGCCUGGAACAAGAGGAACCCAGACCUUCUUGCAGUGGGGUAUGGACAGUUUGAUUUCAAAGACCAGAAAUCAGGCCUGAUCUGCUGCUGGUCUCUGAAGAACCCCACGUGGCCUGAGAGGGUCUUUACCUGUGAGAGUGGAGUGACUACUUUGGACUUUUCGGCAAGCAAUGCCAGCCAGCUAGCAGUGGGGAUGCAUGAUGGCAGCAUAGCCACCUACAAUGUCGAGAGCAGAGAGAAGACACCCGUCAUUGACAGCAGUGACUGUGCCCACAAGCACACAAGCCCUGUGUGGCAGGUAAGGUGGAUCGACCAUGAGAGGGGUGCCUCAGGGGAGGACAAGGGAGAGACACUCAUCUCUGUGUCUGCAGACGGCAGGAUCAGCAAGUGGUUCCUGCGGAAAGGCCUCGACUGCAUAGACCUGAUGAAGCUGAAGAGGACGAGGAAUGAGAAAGCCAAGAAGCAGGUUGGAGACAAAGAGAAGAAGAGCGAGGCACUCAUAUCACGGCAGGCACCGGGGCUCUGUUUUGACUUCCAUCCCACGGACUCCAACAUCUACCUUGCUGGUACAGAGGAGGGCCACAUCCACAAGUGUUCCUGUUCCUAUAACGAACAGUUCCUGGAGACCUACAUAGCACACAAAGGCCCUCUGUACCGGAUCACAUGGUCUCCGUUCUGCUCAGAUGUCUUCCUGAGCUGCUCCUCUGAUUGGACGAUCCAGCUGUGGCGGCAGGACCUGUUCACUCCCGUGCUGGGCUUCACCUCGACCCAGAGUGCCGUCUAUGAUGUCAUGUGGUCCCCCAAGUGGGCCACCGUGUUUGGGGCCGUCAACGAGGGACGUGUGGAGAUCUGGGACCUGGGAGCCAGCAUCCUGGACCCCACCAUAGUGAGCCUGGCCAGUCCCGGGGUGAAGCUGACCUCCCUGCUGUUUGCUACUGAGACAGACUGUAUCCUAGUGGGGGACAGUGACGGGCAGGUCGGCGUCUACCAGCUCAAGAACCUCACCGUAGGAGAGGGAACACAGGUGGCUGCGUUAGAGGACAUCAUCGGCUCCACCCUGGCCAGUCAGCUGUGAGCGGGACAGACCCAGCCGUGGGUGGGGGGGACACACCGGAACUAUGUAUCCCCUAAAGCCUGCCUCAUCCACUAUGUCAUCAUCAGC